AUGACUCAAGGCCAUAUGAUGUCUUUGCCGCGGCCCGUAAACACGCUGUUUGUGUCGGAACAGCUGGUCUAUCGCAGUGUGCAGAUGUCUGAUUUGGACACCUUCUACAGAAUCAUCAGCGAACCCGGGUGCAUGGAAUUGGGUCACCCGCUUAUUCCCCGGCCACCAACUCAAAAUUCCAUGGAUGAGUUUGUCGAGUCAUACCAAAAGAAAGCUCUGAUCUUCGUUUUCAUUUGUCUACAAGAGUCAGAGGAUGGGAAAGUCACAGCGGGCAAACCGAUUGGGUCUCUCAACAUGUCCCCGCCAUCGCUCCAAGCCAGAGAAGAUCACCGCUCUACGAGCUUUUCCAUUUGGCUUCUAGAAGAAUACCGUGGUAAAGGCUACGGUGAGGAAGCUACUAAAUGGGCUGUGGAUUGGGCAUUUAAUUAUGCCGGUGUGCACCGCAUUGAACUCUGGUCUUUUAGCUUCAAUGAGGCGGCAAUACGGCUAUGGGAAAAGAUUGGGUUCACAUUGGAAGGCAGGAAGCGAGAGAAUGUGUGGUUUCAACGUAGGUGGUUUGAUACUGUGCUGUAUUCCAUUCUUGAGCAGGAAUGGGAGAGAAUAUAG